AUGGAGUCAACCGCUUUGAAUGGGAGGAUGGCCCGAUGGCAGAUCUUACUGUCUGAAUUUGAUAUUGUCUAUGUGAGCCAAAAAGCUAUAAAAGGGAGCGCAAUAGCUGACUUUCUGGCUAGUAGGGCUUUGGAAGAUUACGAACCGUUAAGUUUUGAUUUUCCAAAUGAAGACUUGUUGUGUAUAGUCGCUACUGAAGAAAAUCCCCAAAAAGGCCACAGUUGGAAGCUAAACUUUGAUGGAGCCUCGAAUGCUGUGGGCAAUGGAAUUGGGGCAGUCUUAGUAUCCCUGAAUGGUGAUCAUUAUCCUUUCACUUGCAAAUUGGAUUUUGAUUGCACAAACAAUAUGGCAGAAUACGAAGUGUGCAUCAUGGGUAUUCGUGCAGCCAUAGAGCGAGGAAUCAAAGUAUUAGAGGUCUAUGGAGAUUCAGCAUUGGUGAUAUAUCAGCUCAAGGGUGAGUGGGAGACGAGAGAUCCCAAAUUAGUCAGCUAUCGAAAGUUGGUCCUUGAAUUGAUUAAAGAGUUUGAGGACAUCACUUUUUGCUAUCUCCCACGAGAUAAGAACCAGAUGGCCGAUGCACUAGCUACUUUAGCUUCCAUGAUCAAGGUGAACAGAUAUGAGGAUAUGAAGCCAAUCCAAAUGAGUAUCUAUGAAGACCCGGCUCAUUGUUACAAUAUUGAAGAAGGAGAAAUCGAUGAUAGUCCUUGGUAUCAAGAUAUACUACGAUAUGUAAAAAAUCGUGAGUAUCCUGGCCAAGCAACAGAGAAUGAAAAGAGAACUCUGAGAAGAUUAGCCAUUGAUUACGUCUUAGAUGGAGAGAUCUUAUACAAGAGGGGAAAAGAUCAGGUUCUGUUAAGAUGUGUGGACGCCGUGGAAGCAAAGAAAAUCCUGGAGGAAAUCCAUGAGGGCAUCUGUGGAACGCAUUCCAGUGGGACCUCCACCGGGGCAACGCCUUUCUCCUUAGUUUAUGGCAUGGAGGCAGUCUUGCCCAUCGAAGUUGAAAUCCCUUCUCUCCGGGUUUUGACCGAGCUACAUUUGGAUGAAGCAAAAUGGGUUCAGUCUCGAUACGACCAGUUGAACUUGGUAGAGGGAAAAAGACUAAAGGCUAUUCAGCAUGGUCAGAUGUACCAAAAAAGAAUGAUGCGAGCCUACAACAAGAAGGCCUUUUCUGGAGGAGCCCUGAUCCUGGCUGAAAUGGAUGGAAGAACCUUGCCUAAUCCAGUAAAUUCAGAUUCAGUCAAGAGAUGCUUUACUUGA